CACCCCUAAACAUUAGCAUUCGGUGAUUCCAGUCUUUAAUUUAACAAAAUGUUAAAUAUAAUUCUUAAUGUGGGAAAUAAUAUAAACCCUGCUGAUUGAGAUUUGUUUUUUACAUUUUAGUAAGGAAAUUAACAUAUCACCACAGAAAUGCAGGGACUGUAAAUGUAAUCCUUUUAAAUUUAAAAUGAUUUGCUCUUAAUUUAAUGUAAUUAUUUUCUAUCAGUUACUUAAUGUGAUCUGAAUUGCAAUAACUAGUAUUGUUAAAGUUUUCUAUUUUUUUCCCCAGAAUAAGAGAGUACCAAAGACAGCAAAAACAACCAACAGAUGCUGCACAGCCCAGCAUUGCAGAAUUUGUAAGACCAGACUUGACCAAACAAGCAGUGCAACUUUAUGAUGCAAGUUCCCCAAGACAACAAGAAAUUAAUAAUGCCAUAAUUAAGGAUCUCCUCAUUGGCUGCACUUUACCUCUAUCAAUUGUUGAAAAUCAGCAUUUCAGGCAUUUCUUGAAAGUAAUGGACAACAAAUAUACUCCCAUUGCAAGAAAAACAAUCACUGAAAAACACAUUCCUUUGUUGGUUGAUCAGGUGAAAGAUUCAAUUAAAAGGAAGCUCCAGACCCAAUCAUCUGUGUCCAUAACUGCUGAUAUAUGGUCUGAUCGAACCAUGCGGUCCUUCUUCGGUGUUACAGCCCAUGGAUUAAACCAAGAUGGAAAUCAGCUGGAAUCCUUUCUUUUAGACUGUAGGAGGUUUUGUGGGAGACACAAUGGAGACAACAUAGCUAUGGCAUUUGACGAGAUCAUUGAUGAAUAUAACAUAGCAAGUAAAGUCAGGUACAUUAUAACUGAUAAUGCAGCCAAUAUGAAGUGUGCAUUCAAAGUCAAGCUACCACAGGAAGAGCAGCUCAGUGAUGGCAGUGAUGCAGAAGAGGAAAAUUUAGAUGAUGAGAGUCUUUGGGAGGAUGUGACCUGGGAAGACGAGACUAUCAUGGUCAGAACAAGACAAAGGCUGUCAUGUUUUGCACAUUCUCUGCAAUUAGUUGUACAUGAUGGAAUGAAAGAAGCCAAGGCCUUUUCUUCAGCACUUGCCAAAAUGUCAAAAUUAACCUCAUUACUUCACACAAGUACUACAUUUAAAGAACGAUUUGAGGCUACAUUUGGGACAGAUAGAUCAAUUCCUGCAGCUACAUCCACACGCUGGAACAGUACAUUCAAGCAGCUACAGGCCCUUACAGCACUUGACCAUAGGGAUCUCACACAAAUUUGCAGUUCAGACUUUCAACAUGUUCUUUUUUCAGUUCGUGAAUGGAAUCAACUGAAGGAUUUAGUUUCUGUUCUCUUUCCUUUUGCGGAAGCAACAGACCUUACAGAGGGUGAGAAAAUGGUCACUAUUAGUAUGGUGGUCCCCACUGUACUUGAUUUAAACACUCAUCUGCUCCAAAUCUCAGAGUCACGAAGCCAUUGCCGGCCACUAGCCACAGCCCUUCGGCAAUCACUUUUAAAGAGAUUCUCUGGGAUCUUUGUGAGAACCAAAAUGGUUGAGCAAACUGGGAAAGAGGACCAGUUCAACCAUAAUGUCUAUUUCUUGGCAACAAUGCUUGAUCCUCAGUUUGGCUUGAACUGGGUUGAUCUAGAUGUAACCAACAAUGAGAGUACAGAUUCGGUGAAGAAAUUCAGAGAGGAUCUGAAAAGAACACUUAUAGAUACUUUGACUGCAGAAGUUGAGGUCAUAGCGGAUGGAGACAUGUUGCAUUCUGGAGGUGAUGCUGAUGAAACCACAGAUUCUCCUCCUGGCAAAUGCCCACGACUUCUAGCUCGCUACCGAGCCCACAAGCACCUGAGCCACUCAGCUAAGGAUGCAUGCAUUUCAACUCAGAUACACAAGUACUUUGAUGCCAUUCAAGACACAGACACAAAUACAGCACUUGAAUUUUGGUCGACAAACAGGGAGAGAUUCCCACAGCUUUACUCUCUGGCUGUAAAAGUGCUGUCUAUUCCAGCAUCCUCUGCACCAGUAGAGCGUGUCUUUAGCAAAGGUGGCCUCAUCAUGAGACCACAUCGUGCACGCUUAACUCAUAAAAUGGUCACAGCUCUUGUAUUUUUGAAAAGCAAUAUGGCCCUGGUUUAGUGCUUGACUGUGCACUAUAGUGCAUUUCAUGUUCAGUGUUCAUUACAACUCGACCAAGAGAGACCAGAGCUGUGUUCAGAAAGGAGUUUGUUGUUGAUUAAGCACCGUAAUAAAGCUUUAAGUUUGUUAUGACUAGCUGAUAGAUUUAAACUCUAGUCUAAGUAUUUCCUCAGCCUAUUUAAA